AUGGCUAUACGACACACGGCGAGCAAUCGAUCACUAAAUGGUGCAUCUCUUCCAAAUCGAAAAAGUGCAUCAACAGCGGCAAAUACUUCUAUACAUUCAUCUGGAGUCGAUGAUGAAAAAGCUAUUCCAUUGAAUAGUUUCAAACAAGAAAAACUUGCAGCAGGUAUACGUGCUGCUGAUAAAUAUAAUUAUAGAGAAGCAAUCAAACAAUUUGCUUUAAUUAAACCAGAUACAACAACUUCACUCUAUCUUGCUGGUUGUUCUCGACUUGAACUUCAACAUUAUGCACAAUCACAAGAAGCAGUUGUUGAUUUUACUAAAUGUCUUGAAUUAUUAUCUGAAGAUGAACAAUCACCAUUUGCUUUAGAAUUAUGGUAUAAACGUGCAUUAGCUUAUCAUAAUAUUGGUAAAUAUGACGAGGCUAUCGCAGAUUAUACUGAAUAUAUAAAUCGAUGUAAAUCAUUACGUGAGCCAUAUCAUAAGGGUCUAAUAGCACGAGGAUUGACAUAUCAAGUUAUGUAUGAUCUCGAUAUCGCUCUGAAAGAUAUAAAUGAAGCAAAUACAUUAACAUAUAAUAAAAAUCCAUAUUAUUUAUGUUGUCGAGCAAGUGUUUAUACAUCGAAAAAUGAGAUUGACAAGGCAGUAGCAGAUUUAGAAAGAGCUUCGAAUGUAGGCUGUUAUCAUGAUGUUGAAGGUUUAUUUCAACGCGGAAUUGUUUUAGCUGAAUUAAAUAGACAUAAUGCAGCUCUUGAAGAUUUACAAAAAGCUUUGACACUCAGUAGUAAACCUUCUCAACAAGCAGAUAUUUGUUUUCGAUGUGGUCUUAGCGAAUAUGUUCUAAAUAAUAAAGAACAAGCAUUUCAGUGGCUUUCACGAGCUACUAGUUUACAUCCUUAUCAUGCUCAAGCAUAUUAUCAUUUUGGCAUCAUACAAACAGAAAAAGAACAGUAUAAAGAUGCUUUAAAAACAUUAAAUCGAGCACAUGAUUUAUCACCUCAACAAAGUGAUAUUUUAUUUCAACGAGCAAUUAUUAAUGAACAUCUCGGUAAACUUAAUGAUGCUGCAAAUGAUCGAAAACAUGGAAUAAAACUUAAUAUGACAGAUUUUGCUAUAAUUACAAUGCUUGCAAAUCGUAUAAAAAUAUUACGAAAAGAAAUUAAACAUACUGAUUCAUCAUCACCACGUAGUUAUUUAGAAUUAGCUAUAGCAUAUGAUGGAUUACUUACACGAAAGAAAAAUUUAACAACAAAAUUAGAAUUUUAUAGAGAAGCUAUUUUUGCAUAUGGUACUACUAUUGAAACUGAUACGAAAUAUUUAUAUCCACAAGCACGUGCACUUUUAGCGCUUUGUUAUCAGAAAAUGAAUGAUCUUGUUGUAGCACAUGAAGUACAUUUUGAAUUUUAUAAUGUCUUAUCUAAAUAUAAAGGUGCUGUUUAUCAUUGGAAAACAUAUCUUUUAGAUGUUAAAGAUAAAAUGGAAUCAGGUAAAAUUGAACCACAUUUAGAUCAAAAUGCUAUUAGUCAAUUAAUUCAUAUGGAAACUAAUCGAAGAAAACAAAAUAUUGAUGAAGAAACAUUACAAAAUGAUAUUGAAGAUCAUUAUAAAAAUCAAUUAAUAUUCUAUGAACAAUUACGUAUUGAUCUAUCAAAUAUACUUGCAGCUAUUGCUGUAUUAAAUCUUGAUCGUGACAAUAUUAUCAACAAUGUUGAAGAUACAUCAUAUAAAGUUAGUAAAAUCAUACAAUUAUUAAGUGAAGAUAAAACAUCUAUAUCUGACAUUGAAUCAAUGUUAAAUAGUGAUGACAACGUCAGUACAAAAGUACUUCGAAAAACAGAUUAUAAUAUUAUAAAAAUGAAAUUGAAAUCAAUUGGAAAUGUUGGUAAUAUGACUGAUCAAUUAGAUGUUGCUCAACUUGUUGCUCGACAUUUAUGUACACGUUAUCGUUCACAACUUCUUUGUUUGAAACAUAAUAAUGAUAAUAUUGUCAAUAAUGAACCUACUGUAAAUCAACCAUCAGGUUCAUCAUGGCUCUGUUGUAGUAGUGGUAGUCGUGUAUUUUCUCCAAAAGAGCCAAUAUCUUCGUCGUAUGAAAAUGAUACAUUUAAGAAAAUUGUUACAUUUGCUAUUGCUUUUACCAUUAAGACGCUUAAUAGUGAAACUGUUAAAGCUUCAUCAAAUGAAAAAUCAUCGAGAAGAGAUGCAUUAGCAACAACUCUAGUUUUAAUUAUAUGUCGUGCACAUUUAGAUACUGAUACAAGUCUUUUUUCAUCGUUUCGUCUUAAAAAUGUAUUUCUACCUAUUGACUCGACAGUACUUUCUAAAAUUUUGAAAGAUUCACAACAAACAAUUCCGGAUGAAAAUACAUUGCCUAUAGAAUGGAAUUUAUAUGAUUUAUUUCGAGCACCUGGUAUCUAUUAUCAUUCUGACGGUGAUAUUGGAAAAAUUCGCUACUAUGGUUCAGAUCCAUUAAUGAUGCCAGAUAUAUAUGGUUAUCGAUUAGGAACACGAGAAGAAGUUCAUGUAUUCAAAAAAUUACAUCAAGAAAAUAAAUAA